AUGGCACCUCUUACCACAAAACGACGCAAAUUAGAACAUACAAGUGAUGAUGAAGCUCCACAAUCUCAAAGGCCAAAGGUAAAAGAUGUCGACAUGGAGAAUGCUUCGGCAGAUGAAGCCUCUUCAUCUGAUGAUGCGGAUGCAAUUCAAUCGAAACCCAAGCAUGCGCUUGCGAAACGACGACACGAUGACCAGGAUGCUGCGCUAUAUUCUGGCGGUCUUUAUAAGUCAAGUAUGUUCAAACUUCAAGUAGAUGAGCUGCUGAAUGAAGUGCGACCAAAUUAUGAGAAGCGCGCUGCUGGAAUAAAAUCCGCAUUACACCAGCUCAAAAAUGCGAUUGAAGGCAUUGAAGAUCAUGAACCCCUUCUUAUUCCCGAUGCCAUUAAAUUAUUCUCCAAAACUCACAAAAUUGCGAUCCCCUUCCCUGAUCCUAAACCCGACAACAAUGCGGCCUACAAACUUGUAUAUUCGAAACCAUCUGGUAUCAAUGUUGUUGGGAGUUAUGCUCUGGGGACUAUGGUCAAGUCCGAAAAACCUUUAUGUGUCGAUAUGAUUGUGAACAUGCCGAAGUCACUUUUCCAAGAGAAAGACUAUCUUAAUUAUAGAUACUUCUACAAGAGGGCGUACUAUUUGGCAACAAUCGCGGCUGGACUUCGUACUUCAAUGCCAGACUUGACAUUGGAAUAUGAUUUUUUAAAUGGAAAUAGCCUACAUCCUAUCCUAGUAGCUCGAUGGAAAGCUAGCACAAAAGGGGAUCCAAAUUCGCGAUUUGAGGUACAUAUCAUACCUGCUGCUGCCCAUGGCUGCUUUGCAGAGGCCAAGCUACGCCCUACAAAGAACUCGAUUCGCCCUAAAGAAGGAGCGGAUAACGAUGCCACCACACCGGAGCCUUCACCAUUUUACAAUUCGUCCUUGAGCGCGGACUGUAACUUCGAAUCAUAUCUUCAACUGCUCCAUAAUGCAUCCAAGAUAUCGGAAGGUUUCAAAGAUGCGUGUCUGCUUGGCAGAAUUUGGCUUCGACAGAGAGGGUUUGGCAGUGCUAUACCUCAGGGAGGGUUAGGACACUUUGAGUGGGCCGCUUUGACAGCCCUGCUGCUGAAAGGAGGUGGUCCCAGAGGACAUAGCCUUUUAUCUCCCGGAUAUAGCAGCUAUCAAAUGUUCAAGGCAGUAGUUCAAUAUUUAUCGACCACUGAUCUGAUUAAAAAGCCAGUGCUUUACGAGGCACCAGAUCUCCAGAUUGCGAAAUCUGACAUCCCAGUAUUCUACGAUGGCCCAAGAGGCGUCAAUAUUCUGUACAAAAUGACACCAUUUUCAUACGAAUUACUGCGUGAUGAAGCAAAAACUUCAUUGACGAUGCUCAAUGACUCUACUUUUGAUCAGUUCGAGGCAACAUUCAUCACAAAGGCCGAUCAGAUCCUGCAGAAAUAUGACUGCAUCGUAAACAUUCCUAUCCCCGUCCAAAAAGAUGGUGUGUCCAGUUGCGAUCAUAAGAUUCAUACCACCACUUUUGCAAACCGUGUAUUCGCUACCUUGAAAGAGGGCUUGUCUGAUAGGGUCAAGCUAUUAGAUAUUAAGGCCAUCGAAACAACCUCUUGGCCAAUUAAGAGCUCGGGGCCGUCAACAAAUAAUGACCAGACGUUGAAUCUUGCGGUUCUCUUUGACCCAUCGAAUAUAAGUCGUCUCGUUGACCAUGGUCCGCCCGCGGAAGAUAAGAAGAAAGCAUUAAAGUUUCAGAAGUUCUGGGGUGAGAAGGCCGAGCUGAGACGUUUCAAAGAUGGAAGUAUUCUUGAAAGUUUAGUCUGGUCGCCUGGUUCAACUUAUUCCAUCUUUGAAGAUAUUGUCACCUAUCUUAUAAAGCGACACUUUGGACCCGAGAUAAGCAAGGGAUUGAGUUUCAUUGGCGAGGGUUUUGAGAAACUAUUACCCUCGUAUGGAAAUAGCUCUAAAGCUUUUGAGGUCCUCAGACAGGCAUACAAUACUUUCGAGAAGGAUAUCAGAGAUAUGGAGAGUCUGCCGUUGCAAUUGAAACAACUUUCCGCAGUAGAUCCACAAUUGCGAUCUUCGUCGAUUGACCUUCCCUUAUUUGCACCUAGACAGCCUUUAAAUGUCCCAGCAGAUGUGCUGAUUCAGUUUGAGGGAUCUGGUAGGUGGCCCGAUGAUGUUGUUGCCAUCCAAAGAACUAAGAUUGCUUUUCUUCUCAAGAUCGGCGAGCUUUUGGUCGAGUCUAACGAUGCCAUAAUCACGAGACUUGGCAUAGAGAAUGAAGAUCAAUCACUGCAGAACUGUGCUUUCUUGGAUGUGUUUUAUCCAUCGGGCGCCACGUUUCGCCUUCGAAUUCACAAUGAGCGAGAGCAAACGCUUCUUGAGCGCCAGGUCAAAGAUAAGUCCAGUGAUAAUCGAUCGCGAGAAGAUGCAGCUUCAGCACUUUCCAUCUAUAAAAGGUUUAAUAUCCAGCUCCCAUUGCAUACGCAAUCGAUAUCAACACAUUGUACUCGAUUCCCUCUUCUAUCACCGACCAUUCGUCUUGUUAAGAAAUGGUUUGACCGCCACAUGCUUUCUGAUCAUGUCAGUGGUGAGCUUAUCGAGCUUUUGGCAGCUCGAGCUUUUCUACAACCUUAUCCGUGGAAGGCGCCAUCGAGUGCUAUGUCUGGAUUUUUACGCACUUUGCUCUUCCUUUCGAAAUGGGAUUGGCGCUCCACUCCACUAAUCGUAGACUUCACCGGUACGAUGACAGAUAAAGAUGUUUCCACCUUGAAUACCAGGCUGGAGGCAUGGCGAAAAAUUGAUCCAGGCAUGAAUCGCACUGUUGUGUUUGCAGCAUCGAAUCAUGACACAACCGGAACCGCUUUCACUGACAAGGGGCCCUCUAAAAUGGUAGCCGCAAGAAUGACCGCUCUUGCGCGAUCAGCUUGCAAAGUCGUCAAAGACCAAGGGUUGAACUUGGAUACCAGAUCACUUUUUGCAACAUCCACAAAUGACUAUAAUUUUGUCAUUCACUUGAAUCCUAAGGCUGCCGGUACCUCGAAAGCAAAGGAUUCACAUCGCUUCAAGAAUCUUGAGGUGCAGUCAGAGUUGAACAUUGAUAAAGUCGACUAUCAACCCCUUCAAAUGUUCAGCGAAGAAUUGGAGAAUCUAUACGGUGGAAGCAUUGUCUUUUUCCGUAGUGCAACAGAUAUCUCUCGAAUUGGAGGACUAUGGAAUCCGCAAACGAAUGUAUCUAGAGCUUUCAAAGUGAACUUGGCAUAUGCAGUAAAACCUGAAGAGAACGAUGGGGAUGACGAAGAAGCGAAGAAUGUCAAAAUCAACCAGUCAGCGAUGUUGGCGGAGAUCGCUCGUUUGGGGGGUGAUAUGGUGUCUAGGAUAGAAGUUCAUUAA